AUGUCCAGAGCGCAAACUCCAGUCAAUUCGCAGCGUCCUCCCUUGGAUGGCGUCCACAGCACACCGCAGUCCGCAGGAUCCGGCUCAAAUCUCACCUAUGACACCCAAUCUACGCGCCUACACUACUCACCGUAUCUGUACCAAGACCUCAGCAACGAGAAGAUUAUGGCCUUUGAAGAUUUCUGCAAGACCAUCUUCGACUUCGACUUUGACCAGCCAAAGAAACCAAUAACGAAGAAACUCCGCACUCUUCUUGAUCGCUAUCGCCUUCCCGUCACAGAAGAGACCGGCAGAUACGAGCCAUUCAUUCUGCUCGCUAAUGAAAUUCUGCGAGAAUGCGGUUCGGAAUACGUAUUUGUCCGAAACGAUCCCAAGUACCUCUGGGGUAUUGACCCCGGCCGCAAGCCCGACAUCUUGCUCGUCCACAAGUCUGCGUCGCUUCUACGAGAACCUAUCGUCCAAGGACCCGAGGUGGCGUUUCAUCCGUGCGACAUCAUCUCCUUCCACGAGUUCAAACUCGUUCAGAAGGAUUUGAGAGUACCAAUCCCGCCUCGGCCUACACCAUCGGUCAAGGAAACCUUUGGACCUUCCGCUCAGAAGCGAAAAGCGAGCACGUCGGAGCAUGCGACAGAGGGCCGCGUUCGUAAAAGCCCCCGUCCCAGUUCCUCUUCGACCAGUGUGGCACGCACAAAAGGAAGCGAUGUAGCUGCUGGACGAGGCCUAGAAGUACCCGUAGAGGAGGAGGCGUCGAGUACUGCCCUUGUACAUCAUCCCCUGAUUCAAUGCGCAAGCUACGCAUUGGAGAUGCUCUCCAAGGGAUUCCGUCGACACGUAAUCGGCUUCCUCGCUACCGAUGGCCAGAUAGAGUUCCUGUAUUACGAUCACUCUGUGGUCUUGCGUUCCUCGCCGUUCAGUUUUGUCGACAAUCUCGACCAGUUUCACCAAAUCAUCUCGCAUUUGGGUCGCAUGCCUCUCGACCGUUAUGGCUUCUGCUCCAAUGUGAUCCUGGCAACCCCGGAUUGCAUGUCUGAUCGCUUGUACAACAUGAGGAACAAGGAUAGACAAACGAUUGCGAACACCUUCGAGGGCCUCAAUCUGACGCUCAACAACGGGCUCGUGCUUACGCUGGGACACAUCGCCUACCAGCCUCAUGGGUUAAUUGGGCGAGGCACUUUGGUCGUGAAAGUGCAAGCGGGCAGUAAUGUUCCUAAGGAGUGGCCUGAACGGGUUGUCGCCAAGCUCAGCUGGCUACCGAGCUCGCGGGAACCAGAACACGACAUAUUGAAGGAGAUUCAGAAAGCCAUCGUUCGCGACCCUUCAGCUGCAUGGGUUUCGGAUCAUCUUCCCAACGUCCUGUAUUCGCAGGUCUGCGAUGCACCUGACGGCAUCGUCGCUUCUCUUGUCCGACACUUUAAAGACGAUUACGAGGAGAGGAGACUUUAUCUACUGGUCAUGGAAGAGCUAGGCUGUAUCGACGCAAUCAAAGACUGCGACUCGCUUAAGACAGCGUAUAAGCAAAUCGUUCGAUGUCAUCAUUGGGUCUACGAGAGGGCGGGGAUAUUGCACCGUGACAUCAGCGUGAAGAACCUGAUGUUCCGGCAAAAGAACGACACCAUUGUGGGGGUUCUGAACGACUUUGACCUGGCGACACCGGCAGCAAAGCUCGACAAGGGGCCGACAUCGAAACAAAGGACGGGAACAUGGCCGUACUUGGCGAUCGAACUUCUUGAUCCGUCGACUUGGCUUCAACCUCCUCCACAUCUGUAUCGAUACGAUCUGGAGUCCUUCUUUUGGGUUCUGCUCACCCUAGCAGUCGAUCCAGACAAGUCUGUCACGUACAAUAUCCUGCGGUGGUCGGAAUAUGAUCACGUCACAUUAUACAAUACAAAGUCGUCAUUCUUCUUCAAUGUUGGGAUUCAGGAGACUCCGUUGCAACCCCAAUACGAGCGCUUGAGGGAUCGGCUAACUCAUUUGGCGUAUCUCUUUGAUGACGCAAAGAGGGCACGACAAUAUGCAGAGAUCCCAAACCCGCGUUGUAUGAGUUCGAAAAUGCCUGCUGUGAAGAACGAAGCAGCUAGUCGGAUCUUCAAGUGCGCCUUCAAUAUGACCUUCUGGAGUCGCUUCACCCCAUCCUACAACCAUUUGCCAUUGGGUAUAGAACCAGCGAGGAUAGCCUCCUCAGGCUGCGACUUCAGACAGGGUGUCGACCGGGCCGUAUGCAGUGGCAAUUCCCGUGGGUUCACAUACAGUGCCAGGCAUUAG